AUGUCAGGCCCGUCGGACAAGGAGCUUCAAAAUGAGGUUACCUUGACCUACAAAGGUCGAGUAGCCAUCAUCACCUUCGACCGGACCAAGAAGCUCAAUGCCAUGACCCAACAGCACUACUACCGCAUCUCCUGCCUCCUUCGCGAAGUAGCUCUCCGCGACGAAGUGGUCAUCACCGUCCUCACAGGCACGGGCCGCUUCUUCUCAGCCGGAGCAGACGUCGGCUCAGCCAGACCACCCGUCGAUCCAAACACACAGAACAGCACAGACGCCGACAAGACACGCAGAGAUAUCAUGUCCGGUUUCGUUGCGAAUAACUUGGAUCUCACCAGGAGCGUCUACAUGCAUCCGAAGAUUCUGGUUGCGGCACUGAACGGUCCGGCUGUGGGCAUCAGUGCGGCGUUGUUGGGAUUUUGUGACUUUAUCUAUGCGGCGCCACAUACUUAUUUCUUGACUCCGUUUUCCUCGCUCGGUCUCGUGGCCGAGGGAGGGGCGAGUUAUGGCUUGGUUCAGCGUAUGGGUAUCAGUACUGCUAAUGAGGCAUUGAUGAUGUCUCGCAAGAUUUCUUGUGAGAAGCUUGUGCACUGCGGGUUCGUGAACAAGGUCUUUCAGGGCAAGGAUCAGAAUGACAGCGAAGGGUUCUUGAAACAGGUACUUGAUGAGCUGGAUGACAAGCUGGGAAGUCAUCUGAACUCGGAGAGUCUUUUGGGCAUUAAGAAAUUGGUUAGAGCGCCGUAUGAGGAGGCCUUGGAGGCACAGGGUGUCAGGGAAGUCAUGGCAGGUAUGAGUGUGUUCCUCAAGGGUGCUCCUCAGGAGGAGUUCAGAAAGCUUGCCAGUGGUGAGAAGAGACAUAAGUUUCAAUUCCCUGCUGCACAUGUGAUAAGAAAAGAUGCCAAAUGGGCCGGAAGUCCUAUGAAUAAAUUGGACAUCCUUGAGGUCAGCCUCAUUUGUCUGAGAACGAGUCAUUCCGCUGUGUUGUCUCUGAAGCAGAAUCUUUCUGCCCACCCACAAAGUGACAAUGCCUGGACUCAAUGUUCCAGUUGUGGUUGCAUCAACUCGUAUAUUCUUGCGAUCGACCAUUUCGCCUCAUGUCGUCCGUCCAAACUCUCGACAGUAACGAAGAACUAG